AUGGAUAUACCAAAUAAGAAGAUUGAAAAUAUACCAGAAGAGAAGAAGUUAUUGGAAAUGAGUCAGAUAAUAUAAAAAUUAGUUGAAGAGUUUACUAGAAAUACAAAAAAUUAAGGCUCUGUUGUUUUAUUUGUUGGAUCAACAGGAUCUGGAAAAAGCACAACUUUUAAUUUUUUAAGUGGAGCAGAGUUUAAACUUAAUGAUGAUGAAGAAUUAGAAUUAAAAAACAUUUUAAAGAAUUUUUCAAAUAUGAAUCCUGGAUUAGAAUCAGUUACAAAAGAACCAAAUUUCUUUUAUAAUGAAUCAAAUAAACAUUUAAUUAUUGAUUUUCCUGGAUUUUUGGAUACAAAUGGGGAUUGGGAUUAAUUAUUAAUAGAACUUUUAUUUAAUAAGAUAGUGUCUUUAGGGGAAUUAAAAAUAAUUUAUGUAUUAAAUAAUCCUUAAAAUACACUUCAAAAUAGAGGAUCUGAUCUAUAAGAAUUUCUUAAAUAGUUAGAUAAUCCAAAAAUAAAUUUAAUUUUAAAUUGUUAUAUGGCUAAUUGGGCUGAUGAAAAAUUAAUAAAUAAAAUAAAAAAUGAUUUAGAAUAAGUUAAAUCAUCAGUUAAUGAACCUAAAUUAAUAGACUUAAUAGAUAAAAUUCUUGUAAAAAGAAAAGCUUCAAAUUAAGAUUAAUUAAAUUCUAUUUUUAAUAAUGAAUAAAGAUAAAUAUUUUGGAAAGAGAUUGAAGAAUUGAGUAAAAUUAAAAUAAAACCUAGAAGAAUACAUAAAAGUGAAAUCAUAAGUUAAUAUAUUAUAUCUAAAGCAACAAAUAUAAUUUAAGAAUAUGGAGAUAUACUUUCAUUAAUUUUUGAAUAAAAUAAUAAUUAAGAAGAUGAAAAAUACAAUUAAUAAUAGCAUCAAAAAUUGUUAUAAUUUUAAGUUCUAUUGAAAAAUAAAAAUAAAUUAUCACCUUUAUAAUGGUUUUUAGACUUUAUAAAGAUUUGUGAAGAAUUGACUUUGAAUUUAUAUAAAUCAAAAAGUGGAGAUUUUUUAAAAAUAUUUUAAUAUUUUGAAUAAUUUUAAGAAUUCAUAGAUGGAUAUUAGUAUUUAGAUAACAUAAACAAAUAAGCAUAACAAAAUUUAUAAUAAGUUGAAAAGUUAUUUCAUUUGAAAAUUGAGUCAUAAGAAAAAAUUAAAAAAGCAGAAGAGGAAAAAAGAAGGGCAGAAGAAGAUAAAAGAAGAGCAGAAGAAGAUAAAAGAAAAGCAGAAGAAAAUAAAAGAAAAGCAGAAGAAGAGAAAUUAAAAAUAGAAUAAGAAAUUGCCAAUUAAAAAUUAGAAGCUGAAAAACUAAGAUGUUAAAUGGUAGAGUAAUAAAGAGAGCAUGAACAGAGGAUGCAUGCUUUAGAAAUGAAUUACAAACAACAAGAACUAGAUAGUUGUCACUCUUAUUAUAAUGUUCAAUUAACUAAAUUAAGAAAUGAAGUCAAAAAAAAAAAUACCGGGAAGAAGAAUAAGUAUUCUACCAAAUAGAAAAAAAGUUGUUCUUGA